GGGCGACAUGAUUUAAACCCCGCGGGCGAAAUUGUACCGUGUUGGCUACUUCCAAUUCAACAGUCUAAUCUAUUUGGGAGGCUGUAUGUUGUACUAAAGGGCAACAAAUGCAGAGAUCCCUGCCUCCGUAUAAGCAUCCUUCCACUCCAAGUGCGCUUGGCGCUUGUCCAUAUUCAAGCGAUCCAACUGGUUGCAAGCCCCUUUAUUUUCAUCUGCCGCUAGCUCCUUGAGGCUGCCGCUGGUUAUCACUAGUGCACGACAGAACCACUUCUUCUCUUGUGCAGCUGAAGCUCAUGGGGACGGCUUCAAGCCCAGAGACGACCAUGGCGGCAAACGACCACAGCCUCUCCAUCGCCGUCGAGAAGAACCCACCGGAGGGGCGCUUGCUUCAACUCGGUGUCAAGUCCUGGCCCAAGUGGGGCUGUCCGCCGGGGAAGUACCCGCUCAAGUUCGACGCGGCGCUGACGUGCUACCUCCUCAAGGGCAGGGUGCGCGCCGCCGUCAAGGGCUCCCGCGAGUGCGUCGAGUUCGGCGCCGGCGACCUCGUCGUCUUCCCCAAAGGCCUCAGCUGCACCUGGGACGUCAUCGUCGGCGUCGACAAGCACUACAACUUCGAGCCCUCCUAGAUUAUUGGCACAACACACACGCAUCUUCUUGUUCGGGUUUAUUAUCUUCAUUUCCAGCGCCUUAUGUUCUUCUUGACGUGAUACAUACGCCUUUGCUGUGCAACGACUAUACGAUUUAGCUAGCUAGGCCUUUAUGUGGUACGGUAGAUGUUAAUUUUCAGAAGCUGUGAGACUGAAGGGUGAAGACUGGCUGUUCAAAGUGCAGAGCCAAUAUACCAAGAUUAAUGUAAUCUAUUACUUAGUACAUAUAACAAUAUAUAAGAGUGAGAAUGCAAAGAUGUUUCUGGA